GUGUUGCAUUAAAUAACAUAUAUAUUGAAGAGAAACAAAACAAGGAGGCUAAUCAGUUCCACCUGCCCCACACAAGCGUCCAGCCUUCAGCUCCGUAGCGUCCCUCCUCUCUCCCUCUUCUCUACCGAAAUGGUCCGCCGAGUAGAACGGCAUUCCUGUAAGAUUUGUAUCAUUCCGAAUUAACUUCAUUUGUGCAGGCAAUCUCGUGUAAUUUGUUUAGAAGUUUGUUCUUGUUUUGUGUAGAUGCUGUUUUCUAGAUCUUUCUCGUUGUUCUUUGUUUUUUCUUUCCGAGUUCAAAUCGCCGUGUUGUUGUGUUAGCACCUCAACCACACCCAACCACACAGUUAUACGGCCUUUUGCCUUUUCUCGCUGUUGAGCCCUUCACCGCCGCGUUGUAGUUUCUUUCCUGUGUGUUGUUGUGCUUGUAGAAAGAGCGCUCUCUAUCUAGAUCUUCUCCCAUUGUAGGUGCGCUGUUCUGGGCCACGAUGUUGCGUCGCUGCUUCGCUGCCUUCGCGGCGACGAGGAUCCGCCGGAUCGCGCCACCCCCCAGUCUUCAUAGGAAAGCUGUCACCGCCGUCGCCCGUAGCCGCAGCAAACCGCCGCCGCCGAAGAAGAAGUCGAAGACGACGACGCGGCUGACCGGUUCAAAGCGACGCCGACGCGGAAGUCCUCGCCGUCCCGCUGCCGCCUCCUCACAGGCCAUCGCAGACCCGGAAGGGGAGAAGGACAAGGAUGUCUCGCUAAAGAGUAUUUCAGUAUCGUUUGUCGUGCCGCAGGAGCCGCCGGUGCGCAGCCGCUACGUGCAUCCGACCGACUUCCUCGGCUCUACCGACGCGCUGAUGCUGACGCCUGAGGAGAAGGCGGAGGCCGCGGAAGCCAAAGCCGGAGCCUCGGCUAUGGCCACAGCAGCAGCAGCAGCAGCGGAAGCAGUGGAAGCAGCGAAGGCGGACCCAGGCACGUCAUUGGUAAGGUCAGCUACACCAAAAAAAGCCGUCGCAUCCGCCACGACAUCAACAAAGAAGCCUUCCCGGAAAACUGCAGCCGCAACUGCCUCACGAAGUAAGAACAAGAGGAAGCCGCAUCCGAAGUCCGCUGCGCAGAAGAAGAAGAACGGGGUGCCGAGGCAGGCAACGGCGCAAUCAUCUCGGCGGACCUGGCGCCGAGCCCCGAAGUCGAGCCCCGCUUUAUCGGCUCAAUGGCACCACACGGUUCGAAGAGUUAGGCCGUUGUCGGGCGGUAGAAAGCGAUGGGUUGUAGGACGCACCGCAGCCGCCAAAAUCCACGGCGCAGCAGCAGCAACUCGCCGCAAGGUGAAGAGAGGGAAGCGGGCUGUUGUGAAGAGUCGUGUACGACCCUCUGCUGCGGCAGCAAGCAGGCGACCCGCCGCCCGUACGAGGGGGGUGCAACAGUCUAAGAAACCAACAAGGCGCAUCGUGGCGAAGUCGCUGAAGAAGAAGAAUGGAAAGGGAAAGAAGUGA